GAAAGCUACAAGACAAAAUUGUGACAUGGCUGUGUCAUAUGUGAAUGAAACUGUUCCAGAGCUGGGGAUAUCGUUCAUCGAAUCAGAAGAGAUACGUCAGGAUCUUACAUUCCUUUUGCCCUAUGUGUGUUACGAAGCAUUUUUGACUGUCAUUGGAUUUGUAGGAAAUAUUCUCAUGAUCGGAAGUUUAGUAAUGGUUAAAUCAAUGCGAACUUUACCGAAUGCAUUUGUCUUCAGUCUAGCCGUCGCAAACCUUAUGGUAACUUCCAUACUGCAGCCGUUCAUGAUGACCGUAGCACUAAUGGGAGAACAUUUCAUCCUCGUACAGAGGCCCGGCUUCUGCAACUUUAUUGGCUUUAUCUGCGUACAGAGUUGCAUGUCAUCUUCUGGCAACAUCAUGCUAGUCAGUCUCAAUAGGUACAUCUGUAUCUGCAAGAACUCGUGGUACUCGAAGAUUUACUCAAAGAAAUCAGUUGCAGUUAUGAUCUUGGCUGCCUGGUUCAAUGGGUUUGUGUGGAAUGUUUUUCUUUGGGUCGGAUGGAGCGAGGUCAGUUUUCGGCGGAAGGAAUUCACGUGUUUGUAUAACCGUCACAAAGAUUUCAGUUAUCAAAUUGUUGGCCUGGCCAUUGUAGCCGUUCUUAUACCUGUUAGUAUAACAGCUGUCGCAUAUCUAAUGAUUUUUUUAAAAGUGCGAGAAUCCAAGAAAAGAAUCCAAGCAGUCGACAAGAAAAAAGAAAAUAAUCAAGGUACCAGUAGUGACAUCAAACUAGCUCGAACAUUGUUUAUAAUGUUUGCUGUAUAUUGUAUGUUAUGUGCACCCUAUGCUUUUCUUACUACAUUUGAUUUCAAUGACCAAGCCCCAUUCUAUUGGUACGCUAUCACCAUUCACAUGUAUCAUACCAACAGUGCGGUGAACUUUAUCGUUUAUGGCCUCACCAACAAGGGAUUUAGGACUGGUUAUUCAAUAUUCGCUAAGUAUUUACUCAUCAAGAUUUCCCGUGGGGCAUACAAGCCAAGACAGAAUGUGGAGAACGACAUUGACAGAAGUCAACUUACCCAAACGGUUGCUACGGCAAUACCCCAGGAUUAAAUCUUU